AUCUCAUCUCCAUGUGUGUAGAUCAGUAGAUCGAGUACGUGGGGAUCAUCGGAUAUGGGGAGAAAGAGCGGGAGCUCUACGGCGGCGGCUCACCCGUCCUUCUUUUCCUCCUUCUCGACCAUCUUCAUGCACGCCGACGCGAUCGACGUAGCGUUGAUGACCCUCGGCUUUGUCGGCGCCGUCGGCGACGGCGUGACGCUGCCGCUGAUGCUUUACCUGACGAGCACCAUCUUCAACAACUUCGGCAAUGGCCCUGCGUCCGUCUCCGAUUUCGCCGGCACCAUCAACGAGGGCGCGCUUAAGUUGAUCUACUUGGCGUGCGGAAGCUUCGUGGCUUCUUUCCUUGAGGGAUAUUGUUGGACGAGGACCGGCGAGCGACAAGCGGCGAGGAUGCGACAGAGGUACCUGAGAGCCGUAAUGCGACAGGAUAUCGAAUACUUCGACCUCAACGCCGGCUCCGGCACCGAGGUCAUCACCGGCGUCUCCAGCGACAGCCUUGUGGUACAAGAUGUUCUCAGCGAGAAGGUGCCUAAUUUCGUAAUGAACGCGUCGACAUUCGUCGGGAGUUACGUGACGGCGUUCGUGUUGAUGUGGAGGCUGGCCCUGGUGGCGUUCCCGGCGGUGGUGCUCCUCAUCAUCCCGGGUCUCAUGUACGGGCGAUACCUCAUGGGCCUCGCGCGCAAGAUCCGGGAGGAGUAUAACAAGGCCGGCACGGUGGUGGAGCAGUCCGUCUCCUCCAUCCGCACCGUCUACUCCUUCGUCGCAGAGGAACGCACCAUCGCCAAUUUCUCCUCCGCGCUCGACCACUCGGUCAAGCUCGGCUUGAAGCAAGGCCUCGCCAAGGGCAUGGCCAUCGGCAGCAACGCCGUCACCUUCGCCAUAUGGUCCUUCAUGAUCUGGUACGGCGGCCGCCAAAUCAUGUACCAUGGCGCAAAGGGAGGCACAGUCUUCGCCGUCGGAGCCUGCAUCAUCAUCGGCGGCCUGGCGUUGGGGUCAGGGCUUUCCAAUGUGAAAUACUUCUCCGAGGCGAGCUCCGCCGGGGAGCGCAUCAUGGAGGUGAUCCAGCGAGUGCCGAAAAUCGAUACGGAGAACGAGGAGGGCGACGUCUUAGAUUCCGUAUCUGGAAAUGUGGAAUUCAAGGGAGUGGAAUUCGCGUACCCGUCUCGGCCGGAGAGCUUGAUACUGAGGGGCUUCAAUCUACAGGUGCCUGCCGGGCGAACAGUUGCGCUGGUGGGCAGCAGCGGUUCUGGAAAGUCGACGGUGAUCGCGUUACUGGAGAGGUUCUACGACCCUCUCGGGGGAGGGAUUUUUCUGGACGGAGUGGACAUCAGGAGUUUGAAGCUGAAGUGGCUGAGGUCGCAGAUGGGUUUGGUGAGCCAAGAGCCUGCUUUGUUUGCAACGUCCAUCAAGGAGAACAUCAUUUUUGGAAAGGAAGACGCGACUAUGGAGGAGGUGGUGGCGGCUGCCAAGGCUGCCAAUGCUCACAACUUCAUCUCUCAGCUUCCUCGGGGAUAUGACACAGAGGUGGGAGAAAGAGGGGUGCAGAUGUCGGGAGGUCAGAAGCAGCGGAUAGCCAUCGCCAGGGCAGUGCUGAAGUCGCCUAAGAUCCUUCUCCUCGACGAGGCCACUAGUGCGUUGGACACCGAGUCGGAGCGAGUAGUGCAAGAAGCACUCGACUUGGCGUCCGUCGGGCGGACGACCAUCGUCAUCGCCCAUCGCCUUUCCACCAUCCAAAAUGCCGACGUCAUCACCGUCGUUCAAGAUGGCCGGGUCAUGGAGAUGGGCUCCCACGACGCCCUCAUCGCCGACCAAGACGGUCUCUAUUCCUCACUCAUCCGCUUGCAGCAUGCGGCAAGAGAGAGCAGAAGUGAUCAAGUAGCGGGCGCUGCAGUGACGUCUUCCCAUGUGAGCAGCGGCAGCAUCAGCCGGCGCCGGGUUUCAGCUGCCAGCAGGACCAGCUCUUCGAAGUCGCUAGGCGGCGACGACGGUGACGAUCACGUCGGAGAGUCGUCGUCGGUGAAGGCCGCGAAGCUCCCAGUGCCGUCGUUCCGGCGGCUGUUGAGGCUGAAUUCCCCGGAGUGGAGGCAAGCGGUUUUGGGGAGCAUCAGCGCGAUAGUGUUUGGUGCGAUCCAACCGUUGUAUGCGUUCUGCAUGGGAAAUAUGAUCGCCGUCUUCUUCUCGAGUGAUCACGACGAGAUCAAGUCGAGGACGAGGACCUACGCCUUUAUCUUCCUCUCCCUAACGGUGUUGUCGUUCAUCGUCAACGUCGGGCAGCAUUACAACUUCGGCGCCAUGGGGGAGUACCUCACCAAGCGGGUGAGGAUGAGCAUGCUCUCGAAGAUCUUGACUUUCGAAGUCGGUUGGUUCGACGAAGACGAGAACGCCACCGGCGCCGUUUGCGCUCGCUUCGCCAACGACGCAAAUGUCGUGCGAUCGUUGGUGGGUGAUAGAAUGGCUUUGCUGAUCCAGACGACUUCGGCGGUCGUCAUUGCCUGCACCAUGGGGCUGGUGAUCGCAUGGAGGCUGGCCGUCGUCAUGAUCGCAGUUCAACCCAUCAUCAUCAUGUGCUUCUACGCCCGCCGCGUCCUCCUCAAGCGGCUGUCGGCGAAAGCCAUCAAGUCCCAGGCGGCGAGCAGCAAGCUCGCAUCGGAGGCCGUAGGCAACCUCCGCACGAUCACUGCUUUCUCAUCGCAGGGGCGCAUCCUCCGCAUGUUCAACGUGGCCCAGCAAGGACCCCGCCGGGAAAGCAUACGCCAGUCGUGGUUCGCUGGUGCCGGCCUCUCGCUAUCCAAUGGCCUCUCGAUUUGCAUCUGGGCGCUCGAUUUCUGGUACGGCGGCAAGCUCGUCGACCAAGGCCACCUCGGCGUGAAGGCCCUCUUCCAGACCUUCAUGAUUCUGGUGAGCACCGGCCGGGUCAUCGCGGAUGCCGGCAGUAUGACGACUGACCUUGCCAAGGGCGCCGACGCCGUCGCCUCCGUCUUUGCUGUCCUCGACCGCUACACCCUCAUCGAGCCCGACGACCAGGAUGCCCACCGGAUCGCUAAGCUUACUGGGGAGAUCGACAUCUGCAAGGUUGAUUUCGCUUACCCGGCGCGACCUGACGUGGUCAUUUGUAGGGGUUUCUCGCUCUACAUCGAGGCGGGCAAGUCGACGGCGUUGGUCGGACAGAGCGGCUCCGGGAAGUCAACCAUCAUCGGCCUGCUCGAAAGAUUCUACGACCCCCUUAAAGGAACAGUGAAGAUCGACGGGAAGGAUAUCAAGUCCUACAACCUCCGGUCCCUUAGGCGCCACAUUGGUUUGGUGGGUCAGGAGCCGACACUGUUCUCCGGCACCAUCCGCGAGAACAUCGCGUACGGCGCAGACGGCGCCACCGAGGCGGAGAUCGAAGAGGCCGCGCGCGCCGCCAACGCGCAUGACUUCAUCAGCGGGCUCAAGGACGGGUACGAGACUUACUGCGGUGACCGCGGGACGCAGCUUUCCGGCGGUCAGAAACAGAGGGUCGCCAUCGCAAGGGCGAUCCUGAAGAACCCGGCGAUCCUGCUGCUGGACGAGGCGACGAGCGCGUUGGACGGGCAGUCGGAGAAGUUGGUGCAGGAGGCGCUGGAGAGGAUGAUGGUGGGAAGGACGAGCGUGGUGGUGGCGCACAGGUUGAGCACCAUCAGGAAUUGUGACCUCAUCGCGGUGCUCGACCAGGGGGUGGUGGUGGAGAAAGGGACGCAUGCUUCGCUGCUCGCAAAGGAACGAGCGUACUAUAAUCUGGUUAGCCUUCAACAAGGCAACCCAGGGCCUUGA